GUCCAAGCUUGGGAAGGCAGUUUAGACCUUGGGGAUAUGCACAAUGGUUCCAUUCAACAGAGCCCGGUGCAGGUACUUACACCCUCACAGAGAAUAGAGUAGAUCCGAAGCCUUACUCCCAGCGAUUAAAAGCUGAACCAACUUAAAAGCAAUAGGUACAAAUGCAGGUUAGAAGCUGAACCAGUUUCAUUCGGCACCACCACCUCGGUUUUGACUGAGACGCUAUCGUAGAAAAUAUAUCUAACAACGACUAGUGAUUCUUUUUGAAACGGUAGCCGAAGUAAGCAUAAGAUAUCAGGCCGAUGUUGCGUUCGUAUUUGAAUAGAGGUGAAAAAAAGAGAUAUGGCUCUUGUGUUUUUUCUGGCUCGGACAAGGAAAAAAUAGCUGUGCGUUCGAAGUACUAGAUAUAAGAAAUCCUAUUAUGUUUUUUAGUUUUUUAUUAUUCAACGUUAGUAAAAGAUUAAUAAUAACUAGGUACUUAUAAAAACACUAGUUAAAAGUCACAAUUCAUGACAUUAUUUACUUAUUAUUAUUAUUCACAAAAACUUUGCAAAAACUACGUUCAAAUAUCAAAUUUGUGUCUUUUGAACGUAUUUUUAAAAUUCAACAAAAAUAAUCUGUGAAACAGUCGGAAACGUCAAAUGCAUAGAGAAAAAAUAAAUGAUUGUGAAAAAUAACUGGUCAACAAAUCCAAAAUUUUAAAGUUUUCGCAAGAUAGGUUGUGUUGGAAGAAGAUAAAACUUACAAAACUAUAAUAAACAUGUGUGAAGAUAAUCGACGCCGCGUUACUUUGAGCCAGUUGGAGAGCUUAUGGGAGUCAUUAAACUCCCAUAGAGGUCUCAUUUCUGGCCACAAUAAAAGUUGCCAGGCGAGGGAAUACGCUCAUAAUUCGUGGACCGGCAUCGCCGCCAUCCUGAACGCGCACGCCAACGGGGCCGAAAAAGACUGGAAAGGUUGGAGCAGGUACUGGAAUGACUACAAAUGCAAGCUAAAAAGUAGAAUUGCUUCUGUGCGUAACUCUCAGAGUCGGACAGACGGCGGCACAGCCAAGGAGUUGACGGAAAUAGAAGACAAGUUCCUGGGGCUCCUUGGUGAUGAUUUUGGAGUAGAAAUAUCUGGGCCAAGAGUAGACCCAUUGAAGUCUUCUCCAAACUUCACCCUCAUCAUGCGUAGCUGCACCGCCCUACUCCGCUCGCUGGGCCGAGCCGCCGAGCGGGUGAUCGACCACGCGGCGUUCCAGCAGAUCCUGGCGCUGACGUCACUGACUGCGGCGGAGCGAGCUCGGGUGACGGGGCAGGCUGUCAGGGCCGCUAUGGACGAUGAUCAUGAUUAUUGUGCUGAGAUUGACAUGGACGCGCUGGGCGAGGCGGGGGAAGGCGAUGAGUUUCCUGUGCCAAUGGUGAUAAAGGACGAGGUGGAGGUGACGCACUGGCAGUGUUCGUGCGACGCGAUCGCGGGCCGCCACGACGACGCGUGUGAUGCCGCCGUCGUCGACUAUUUAGAGCACUUCCGGAUAUCCCCGGACGAGGCAACCUGCACGAUCUGCGAGGAGACUCUGACCUGGACCUCUGUGGAGACGCUCAAGGAACAUCUCAGCACGCAUCCGGAGGCCGCGGGGGGAGACCACGAGGACGAUAGCGAUAUCCAUCCAACCCAAGAGAAACAAGCGAAAAUCAAUCAGCCUAUAAUACAGAAGCCACCGCCGCCGCCGUCACCGCCAAUCAUGAAAAUACCCAAAGACGUCAAAAUAAUACCACAAAACGACACGCCAUUGGCCGAAACACCGCCAGCCAAUAAGAAACGUAAGAUCGAACCAAUCGAAGACAACGAACCAAUCACGAUAAAGCACGACCCCUCCACAUUGGAUAGAUUUAAAAGUCUCGACCAAUUCGGUCUUUACGUAGCCUCGUUGCUGAAACUUCUGCCUAAAGAUAAGUGUAUAAAGUAUCAGAAUCAAAUAGUCGAUAGGUUGUUGAAGGAUCAGGCGGCUGCCGCUUAGUAGAAUAAUGUCUCUUGGAUGUGGUUUCAUAGGAUUUGGAGCAAUUUUGUUCAAUUUAAAGGUGAAUUUUGAUGCACACCGCUUCAGUUGUCACAUACGUGUGAAACCUGUAUGUCUAGAAUCUAGAUGUAAUGUAGGUUUUCACAUUCCAAAAUGGCGAUACAAUUAAAUUAAUUGACGAUACAGAAAUUGACAUAACUUUUGAAUAUAAAUAUUAAAGCCAACCUGAAUCAUUAAUUCAACUAAUUUGCAUUAAGAUUGUUUCGUCGAGGAAGUAUGACAAACAGAUAGAUAAUUACUUCGAAUUCGAAUACACACCUAUUAUUGUAUAGACUUUUAAAAAUACUAGACAAUGAUUGAAAUUAUACAGAAACGAAAGCGGUCUCUAAAGAACCACACAAAAAGUAAUAAGUACGUAAAAGAACUCAGGUAACCGACAUCACUCCUAAAAUCUACAAGCUGAAGUGGCACUGUGCCGGCCAUAUAUUCCGAAAAACCGAUGACCGGUGGGGCAACCACGAACUGGCAAGACGACCUUAGAUAAUAAAGAUAGUAGCUGGAUGAGGAAGGCCGAGGACCGAGUGUUGUGGCGCUCCUUGGGAGAGGCCCUAUGUCCAGAAGUGAACCAUUACGGGCUGAUGAUGAUGAUAAACUGAAAGAAGGAGAACAUUUUCUUUUAAAUCACAAUUUUACCUACCUCCAAUAGGUACCAUAGUCUAGUUAUUUAAGAUGUACAGUCUGCUUUGCAAAUAUCUGACUUCACCAUAUUACAUUUUUUGUAUAGGAGUGUGGUCAGAUAUCUGUGUGGCAGACUGUAAGUACAAGAUGAUUAUGUGAUUUAAGUAUAGAUAAGUACUUAUUAAGGAUUUAUCAUUCUAAGGAAUUCGUUUGUAAUUUAGUAUUAAGUAUAAAAAUUCUAAUAAAUAUUGAAGUAUUUUAAAACAUAA